AUGGGUCGUCUUGCGACAUUAUCGGAAGAACCCAUAAACGAGCAAGACAAGAGAAGCACCUCCGCGAAGAAAUGGCGGAACUGGAUCAAGACCCACUUCUUCCACAAGAAACCGGACCUCAAGAUCCUACUCAGCGUCCUCGCUUGCCCUCUCUUCCCUGUUCCUCUCCACUCCCAACCCCCCCUCAACCAGCUCUCCUCCUCCGCUCAGUAUAUCAUCGAACACUUCACCGCCGCCACCGGCUGCCGCAACCUCCACGCCACCGUCAGAAACGUCUUCGCCACCGGUAAAGUCGAAAUGUGGGCCGUCGACGACGUCGGAAACACCGGGGUCUCCGAGAGAGGCUGCUUUGUCAUAUGGCAAAUGCUCCCCGACAAGUGGCAGAUUGAGCUCGUCGUCGCAAAUCACAAGGUUGUCGCCGGCAGUGAUGGCAACGUCGCUUGGCGCCACACCCCCUGGCUCGGUGCACAUGCCGCCAAAGGUGGCGUCCGUCCCCUCCGACGCGCCGUUCAGGCAAGUAGCAGCAGUGUUAGUUUGUUUUGGGGUAAGCAAGAUUUGCUGAUAUUUAAUUCCGAUAGUGUUGUUGGUCGUGUUUAUCGGAUCCAAUAUUUGUCUGGGGAAAAGUUGGCUUUGGGCCAUAUGGGACUGGACCCUUUGGCAGUGUCUGCUGUAUUCUGUGCUGCGCAAUACAUGGGAGAAAAACAAAUCUCAGGCAUGGAUUGUUUUGUGCUAAAGCUGUCAGCAGAUCAGAAGGACCUGGUUGACCGGAGUGACAACACUGCUGAGAUGAUCAAGCACGUUGCAUUUGGUUACUUCAGCCAGAAAAAUGGUCUCCUGGUGCACCUAGAGGACUCUUACCUCACCAGGAUUCAAUCCCCUGGGACACACCCCACCUAUUGGGAGACCACAAUGUCAACCAAAAUUGAUGAUUAUCGAAUGGUGGAUGGUGUGAUGAUUGCACAUGCUGGCCAUUCAACCGUGAUCAUCACAAGGUUUGGGGACAAUCUGAAGACAGGCCCUGCAAUCACACGGUUGGAAGAGUCAUGGACCAUUGACGAUGUUGCAUUCAACGUCCAAGGCCUGUCCAUGGACUGUUUCAUACCCCCCAAUGAACUCCACAAAGACUACCCUCAUGAAGAUCUAGAUUGGAGAUCACCCUUGCAUAGAUGA